CGCUGCGGAGGUGCGCACGGACGCGGAGCUGCGGUCGGUUCAGGCGCUCAUCAUUCCCGGCGGGGAGAGACCCACCAUGGCCAACCUCGCCCAGCGAUGCGGACUGGUGCGUGGGGGGGGGGGAGAGAGAAUAAAGGAGUGGGGAGGAGGGGGAGAAGGGAUGGGUAGAGGGGAAGGGAUGGGAAGAGGGGAAGGGAUGGGAAGAGGGGAAGGGAUGGAAAGAGGGGAAGGGAUGGGGAGAGGGGAAGGGAUGGGAAGAGGGGGAGUGAUGGGUGGCGGUGCUGGGGGGGCUGGACUGCACUGCACCGUGCACCAGAACUUCUCUGGCAGUCAGUUGGACCGAGUGACAGUGGCGGUGAGGCAGGGCAGGGUUAGCCACGGCAUUCCACCCAGAGCUGACAGCCAAUCUGAGAUGGUGAGAGACAAUUGCUCACAUCUCGACUGUUCUAAAGCCCUUCCUGUUCAAGCCCAUCUUCUCCCUCUCAAGCCCAUCUUCUCCCUCUCAAGCCCAUCUUCUCCCUCUCAAGCCCAUCUUCUCCCUCUCAAGCCCAUCUUCUCCCUCUCAAGCCCAUCUUCUCCCUCUCAAGCCCAUCUUCUCCCUCUCAAGCCCAUCUUCUCCCUCUCAAGCCCAUCUUCUCCCUCUCAAGCCCAUCUUCUCCCUCUCAAGCCCAUCUUCUCCCUCUCAAGCCCAUCUUCUCCCUCUCUACCACAUUUUCUCACCUGCACUUAG